CACGGUCACACCUGCAUUCUGCUUGCGCUCUGAUCGCGACGUGCUUGACUACUUUAACGGAGCCACCUUGUCCGUCCCUCCAUCACCAUCACACACUUCGACAGAUCGCCCAAAGUAACGCACGAUGGCGUCCUCGAUAAAAGAAUGUCCUACGAAUGCGUGCUCCAAGAAGUACGAGAAGGACGAUAUCCCGCAGCCGUACGAUCUCACACAGCCUGACUCUAUCCGACGCUGCCUGCUCACAUGGCGGGAGGUGGCAGCAUGCUACCUCUUGACUAUUCUCUUCAUUACCGUCGACGUUUAUUUUCCCAGGUUCCCCUUCGCUCAGCAUGGCUCUGUGGCGGUCGCGCUCGAAAACCUUUCCCGGCAAUUUCUCGACACCAACCGAUCGGGUCUCGCUCCGCUUCCUCUUCUGAUACCCCUCCGUGGCCGUCUUACUGUGGAAGCUCUAUACCUACUUAUCGCCGUUCUGGUCUGGCGAUUCUUGGUCCACAACUACCGCGCUGGGGUUUCGGCUUAUCUCACGCUCCGCAUCACCUGGUUCACCGGUUGCUUCCUUUGCAUAGCAAUACCAGAAGAACGCACACAUCCUGUAGUCUACUGGCUGGUCCCGAGCACGUCGUCGAAGCUUUACCGCAAGGCGGUAAAGUUUAAUGCCAGGAUAUUCAUGUUCAUAGUGGGGAACGGGUUCACCCACGUAUGGAUGAUAUGGCAGAAGGACGUAAGUGAUUUCUACUCCUGCGUACAUCCGCCCAUCCACCUUACUGAAGGAGCACAUUAGCUAAUAUGUGCAGCAAUCAACCAACAAACGCGCCGUCUGGCGGAUCUUCCACAACUACAUCUUAAUCUUGCUCGGCGUGAUGCCCAUAGUAUUGCUCUCGGUGGUAGCCGACGUCUGGGCCAAGUA